AAUUAAAAAGUAUGCUAAUGAUAAUUAGAGAAAUUAAGCUUAAUUAAUAACUUUGGCCAUAUACUCAUAUGUAGCAUUAAUUAGCAUAACAAGUAGACAGAAUUAAGGAUUUCUCACCCCUUUUUUCACAUAAUUAAGAUUUCUUGUAACUUUGGCUUUUCUUGAAACUUCUCCCCACCUUAACUAACUUAGCAAGCUUUCUCUCUCCUCUUCCUUUGCUAAAAGCCAGAUUAUGACACAUUUUUUAUUAUUUUGCCAAACCUUACUUCUUAUGUCAUCACCCUUCUUCUCCCUUAUAUAUAUAUACCCCCCUUCUAAAACUUUAUACUAUAUUAUUUUUAUACAUCUUAUAAAAAAAAUUUACAAAAUUUCUCUCUUGUUUUUGGACCGCCCUCUUAAAUUUGCUACAUUUUUAUUAAAAUUAUUAUCAUGGGUUUAAGAGACAUUGGAGCAACACUUCCUCCUGGAUUUAGAUUUUAUCCAAGUGAUGAAGAAUUAGUUUGUCAUUAUCUUUAUAAAAAGAUUGCUAAUGAAGAAGCUCUUAAGGGUACUUUGGUUGAAAUUGAUUUGCAUACUUGUGAGCCUUGGCAACUUCCUGAGGUGGCGAAGCUCAACACCACAGAGUGGUACUUCUUCAGCUUUCGUGACCGCAAGUAUGCUACGGGCUUUCGGACCAAUAGGGCAACGACAUCUGGCUAUUGGAAAGCAACGGGUAAAGAUCGGGUUAUACUUGACCCGAGGACCCAAGAGAUCGUAGGAAUGAGGAAGACUUUGGUUUUCUAUAAGAACCGAGCUCCAAAUGGGAUCAAAACGGGUUGGAUCAUGCAUGAGUUUCGCUUGGAGAGCCCUCAUAUGCCUCCUAAGGAAGACUGGGUGUUAUGUAGAGUUUUUCACAAGAGCAAGACUGAAGAAAACAACAACAAUAACCAAUGCCAACACAUGCACGAACAUACAACAACAGCUAGCACCUCUUCACUACCUACUUGUUAUGCAUGCCAACAAACCAACUCAUUCUCUUCAAAUUGUACUCCUACUACUCUUUCUCAAGAACCAAUUAUUAGCCACAACAACAAUAGAAACAACAUUCCAAACAUUACAAAUAAUCAUCAUCUGUCGUCGUCGUUGUCGCCAUCGUCGUUAAACCCUAGCAAUAAUUUCAUGCACCUCUUGAAAGAGGGUAACCCAAGCUACUCUUCUUGGAGUGAUUUGGUUGUGAAAAAUGAUGAUUAUGGACUAUUAUGGGACUUGGAAAUGGAAGAUCAAAGUAACAAAUUGGGUGAUAAUAAUGGAGUUCUUCCUCAACUUGAAUUUGGAGAUGUGAGAUUUGAUCAAGAUGAUUGUGGCACCAUUUUCUUCUAAUGAUUUUUAUCAUUACAAGAAUUAUUAUUAUUAUUUUAUAAUUUUCCAACUAACAAAAAAAAAAAAAAAAAAAAAUUGGGAAAAAAGGUGAAAAAAAAGAAGAAAAAUAGGUUUAAAAAGGGACAUAUUUAGAAAGACAAGAAGUACACCACCAUUUUGUUGAUUUGUGUGAAGUUUGGUGUACUAGCCAUAGAUAGCUUAUUAUUUUUGCUUAGACAUUAAAGGAUAUAAUAUUUUUAUUGUAAUGCCAUAAUAUGGUAUAGGAUUUAGGUUGUGGUCUAUAUUAUAAAUAUAUAUGUAGUGAUCAUUGUAUAAACACAUGCAUGCAUGUAUUUUUACCAUUAUUACCCUUUGUUUGAACAUACAUAUUUGUAAAAUUACUUGGUAUUUAC